AUGGAAACAGGAGAGAAGCAAGGAGAAGGAGGGCAUGGCCAAUGGUGUCAUUGUGGGAAGUUAGCACGGAUGCAGACUUCUUGGACUAGUUCAAACCCAGGGCGAAGAUUUCUAGUCUGCCCAAAGUCAAAGUCAUUUUACCACCCAAAUUUUCAGUCAUUGUUCUUGGUUGAUAUAAGGGAAGGGGAGAAAAAGGAUGGUGGAGAAGGAAAAUGCAAAUAUUCGAGCAAAGUCAAAAAUAUUGUGGGCUGCUAUGUUGCUUUCCUGGUUGGUGGUGUUUGCCAUGAAGAUGAAUUAGGCACUUUGGCAGUAGUUCAGUGGGCAUUGUAA